UGUGCGCCGCGUUUUCACCGAGUUCUAUCUGUCCUGUCUUCGCUUUGUGGAUUUGGAUUUUUGGCUGUUUUCCGCCCGACAAAAAAACUAUAUAAUAUAUAUAUAGGCUAAUCCAAAAAUAAAAACCGAACCCAAACUCUGCUAUACUACACACACACAACUGGAAAAUGUCACAUAAAAGUUAUAAUAGUGCUAAAAUCGCAGAAAUAUUCCGAGAUCCCUGAGGAAAAACCGCGCAAAAUAUCGUAUUCUUCGCAACGAAGAAGAACUUGUGAACUACUAAAACAAUUUAAAAGAAAAACAGCCAGUGCAAAAAAUAAACGGGAAGAAUUUUUUUUGGUGUCCCUUUUUUUGGUGGUUUUUUUCCCCCCGUUUUUCCUCCAAUUGACGCAAAAAGUGCGCAACAACACUUGUGAGAAGGCGGAAACGGGAUAGAAAUAGAUAUAGCCGACUGGAACUUAACCAAAUUGGAUUACAAUUAAUUGAAUAGACGGAUACAACGAACACAUUAAAUCGCUGUUCAAAGAGACAGCCCCAAAACUCAGGAACUAAAAUAUAGAAAUAAUCCCCAAACACAGACACAAAAUGACUCUUCAGUACCCUGACUACCGCAAUGCCGGUCUGGAAAUGCCUCCGAUUGACGAAGACUUUAACUUCUCGAUCCCCUUCGAUAUGGAUAGUGAACUGUACGAUGACAUCAGUGGCCUGCACACUAUCCAAAGUGAUUUGGAGAAGAUGGGCAAUGUUGACGGGGACUUCUCGUACUUGUAUAUGGAUAACGAUGAGGAUAUGAAGCCGGAGAUUCGCAAUGUCGAUUGCAUGUGGUCGUCGAUGACGAAUUGCUUGAAUCCCAAUGUGGCCGGAACCAGCACUGGAACCGGAAGCAACAGUGCAGCCUCGUCGUACAGUGAGACCAGUGCCAUAUCCCUGGCCGUGGCUUGCAGCUCCACAAAUGCCUACUCCGCAUAUCAGCGAUUACAGUCUCAGACUACAGAUAAUAACUCAAGUAACAGCCAAUCACAGCAACAGCAGGCAAACAAUGCCGAGGAUUCGCCGGUGGUUAUCAAGAAGGAGUUGGAGGAUCCGGACUACACAUUCAGCCAGAAGCGCCGGCGUUUGAGUGCUGGCGACAAGAAGUCGCAGAUGCAGAUCCAGGAUGAGGACCAGUUGAUACCGCCCGGCGGAAGUCUGCUGCGAAAGAGGAACCUCCUCGUUACAUCAUCGCCCAGUCCCAUGGCCAUUCGCAAGGGGUGUGUUGGUGGCGAAGUGAAGAGCAGCAAAUACCUGAGGCCCGAUACACCGCACAGUCUCACCGACGAGGUGGCCGCUCCCGAAUUCAGACACAAUGUGGACCUCAGAGCCUGCGUGAUGGGCAGCAACAACAUCUCGCUGACCAGCGACGAUGGCGAUGUCAAUUGCAUCAAUCAAAUAAGCAGGGAUCUGCAGAAUGCCGGCAAGGAUCUGUGCACCGUUCGCUUCCCCUUCGCCACGAUGAACGAUGUGCUCGAUGUGCUCAGUCACCAGGUCAACGCAGGUUCAAAUCCACAGCAGACCAGCCAGGAGCAGAUGGACGAGCAGCAGCAGGCCAUCGACAUAGCCACUGGAUGCAGUACAGUGGCCUCUCCGCCGACGACCGGCUCGGACAGCGACUCCGACGAUGGUGACUCCCUCAACUAUGGACUGCGGCACCACCGCAGCAGCAAGGGAACCACCGGCAGCAGCAGCAGCAACAACGUCACCAACACCGGCAUGUCGCACAUGCUGCACAUCAGCGACCACAGCUACACACGCUGCAACGACAUGGUCGACGACGGACCCAAUCUCGAGACCCCCUCCGAUUCCGAUGAGGAAAUCGAUGUGGUAUCGUAUACUACGGACAAGAAGCUGCCCACGAAUCCCUCGUGCCACGUAAUGGGCGCCCUGCAGACCAAGAUGGCCCACAAGAUAGCGAUCGACCACAUGACGCAGAAGCCGCGCUACAACAACUUCAAUCUGCCGUACACGCCGGCCAGCAGCAGUCCGGUGAAAUCGGUGGCCAACUCGCGCUACCCGUCGCCAUCGAGCACGCCGUACCAGCACUGCUCCUCCGCCUCGCCGUCCUACUCGCCUCUGUCCGUGGACUCCUCGAACGUCAGCUCGAGCUCCAGCUCAUCCAGUUCGCAGUCUAGCUUCACCUCGAACUCGAAGGGACGCAAGCGAACCUGUCUGAAGGCUCCUGGUGGGGGCAUCACCUCCAGCAUGAUUUUGCCGGGCAUCAGCAACGGCAACAACGGUAACGCUAUGAUGAGCAAAAAAUGCCGCGGCAAGAAGGUGGUGGCCUCCUCGGCAUCGUCGUCGGGCAGCACAUCGCCCGUUUCGGCGCUUUCUGGCCAGGAUGUGGAUCCCAUGGAUCGCAACUGGCAGCGACGUAGCACAGUAGUCCAGGGCAUUUCCACCAGCUGCAGCAGCAGUGUCCUCCGGAAGGACUUCAGCCUGGGCCUGGACGAGGCCGAUACGAUCGAGAAGCGCAAUCAGCACAAUGACAUGGAGCGCCAGCGCCGAAUUGGCCUGAAGAACCUCUUUGAGGCGCUGAAGAAACAGAUUCCCACUAUCAGGGACAAGGAGCGGGCUCCCAAGGUGAACAUCCUGCGCGAGGCGGCCAAGUUGUGCAUCCAGUUGACGCAGGAGGAGCAAGAGCUCAGUUUGCAGCGCCAGCUGUUGAGUGUGAAGCUCAAGCAGCAGCAGGAGAUACUAGCCCGCUAUAGGAAGGUGAAAAGCGAACCGCACUCUAUCAGUGGAUAGUGGGGUUGUCUAUCUAUAGUACUAACUGCUUAAAGCGGCGGCGUAGCGCUAGAAAAACCUAUAUAUAUCACCAGCACACCCCCUUAUAUAUUUUGCGAUAUUUCUUUCUUUCUUGACCUUAGCCCUUAUGACCGACCUAUGACCUUACAUAUAUGAUGUUUUUUUUUUCUUCGGAAGAACUUCAAUAUCAGUUAGUAGGUUAUGUUUAAAACUAUAAACAUAAAGUGAUUUAACAAAUUUGAUUUCUUUGAUGUGAUAUAUAUAUAUAUAUUAUUUUUCUUUCCGCGCGAAUUCAUUUGGCAAUGAAACUAAACGAAAAAACGGUGUUAUGAAAUCAAGUUGAAGUGUAUAUUUUUUUUUUUUUUUUUUUUUUUUUUUUUAUUUUUGCUGCAUAAUUACAACUUAUACACAUUUAGGAUUAUACUUAACUAGAAUCUAUUUGUAGGUCUCUGUAUAUAACAUAAUAAUUUAGGUUCUAUAAUAGUUAUUUUUUUGAAAUAGCUACUUAACCAUGAAGUAAACAAAAAGGAAAACGAGAAAAAAGAGGAAAAGGACAAGAAAGGAACCAAACAAUGAAAAAUGAAAGUGAAAGUGAAGAGAGACAGAUAGAGAGGGAGUAGAAGAAGAAGAGAAGAAAGAGAAGAAAGAGAAGAAAGAGAAGAAAGAGAAGAAAGAGGAGAAACACAAACAAACGAAAAGGGAAACACAAAAAACAAACAAACGGAUACGGAAAACAGACAAAAGUUACAACGAAAGAGCCACAAAGAGGAGAUAGAGCACACAAAAUCGGAAGUGAGAACGAUGAUAAGAUAUACAUAGGAAUUAUUAUAGCUGAAAGUAGAACUUUUGGUUGAUACCCCCAAAAAAACACAAAAAGAGCCGGCUUCUUCAAAUGGUUCCAAAACUUCUUGACGAAGCAAUAAGGAUCACCAUAUUCAGACCUUGGUUCAAUAGUUUACCUAGACUACCCAUUGUCUAUUUUACAUGCGCCUUUGGGUCCUAUAUGUCGUUAAGGACGCAUCCUUUUAGCAAAGGAUAAAAACCCAACUAUAUCUGCAUGCAUACACACACCUCAAUGCUUUUGCUAAGACAUCCCGACAUCCUAUAACCCGUUUAUAUAUUAUAAUAUAUUUACUUAUAUAAAUCGACAUCUGUUGGACGACGACGCAAAGAUGCAAAUGCAAAAGCUUUUUAUAUACACCCAAACAACAAAAAACUUGAACUCUACUGCCUAUAUUGAGAAAAUACAUUUUAUUUGCAAUGAAGAUUAAAAUGUGAAAAUAUUAUUAUACACCUUUUUACAAUCAUUAUCUUUUCUGUUUUUUUUUUUUUUUUUGCUACACCUAGGGAUAUAUAAUAAUUUUUAACUGAUAACUAUGCAUAUGAAAUGCGCAAAACUUAACGAAAACAAAAAAGGAAUUAAGAAAAACUUUAAACUAUUUAAUAGUGCUAAACUAAACCUAAACCUAAACGAAAACCUCUCGAGAAUAGCUGAUAUAUAUAUAGAUAGAAAGAAGGAGAGGGCGAAUGAGUGGAGAAAUUGGCUGCAAAGUUUGUGAUUGGAGUUACGAGAGACCAGAGAGAUAUAUAUACACCCACGACCCCAAGACCCAAGAGAACUCAAACUUUUGUGAGCUGUUUAACUGUCGAUUUUUUGCUAAUAAGUUAUUGCCUCUCGGCAAUAUGUUAUAUAUGAUUAACGAACGAUUAUACCAAUUGUUUACACGCAUCUAAAUAUCAACUAAAUAACUACUACUAAACUAAAGGACAUAAGCGACUAAAGCGCAUGCGAAUGAAAUAAAAAGCGCAUGAGAGAAAAUAUAGGAAACACAAUGUCAACUGUUAUUUAGGUUUAGACACAAAAACAAAAAAAAAAAAAACCAACACACACACAUGAUAUAUAUAUGGAUAUAUGAUGACCAGAAAUUGAAUGAGAUCAGGGGAGGUUAUUUAGGUAUAUUGUAUAUUACAUAUAUUGAGUUAAUUUCUAAAUAGAGUGUAGGCCGACGUUUCAACGAAAUUUUUUAUGUGAGUUCUAGGCUAAUACCUACCUACUUUACCCAAAUACAUCUAUAUUUCUAAUUAUUUUUGUUUACUACUAGCUUUACGUUAAAACCCAUGAAAUAUUUUGUAUCUUAUACUAUUCUUUUCUUUUAAUACGCCGCCGCAAAACCUUUUUGAAAAACAAAACAAUCUUAACUCUUCUUUAUUUUUUUGAAUUAUUAAACUAAACUACAAAAAAAUUGUUAAAUGGAAAACGAAAAAAAAAAUGAUUAAUACAUAUACUUGGACAAACAAUUAAGAAGUAUAUUUUUGGUAUUGUUUCGACCAAAAAAUGUGUACACACUGUAAAUAGCAAUCUCGUUAAAUAAUAGUUACACACGCCUACAAAAUAGCGAACCCAAAACCCAAUAGAUGGAAAUAUUUUUAUAGAAAACAAAAAAACCCGGAGAGAAAACACAAAGCAAUAGACUUAAGCGAAUUGUACAACGCGAAACGAAAACAAAACUUCAAUAAACCAACAAACACGCUACACAACACACCUAUACAUAAACAAGAUACAAAAUACACAAACACGAAUGCACCUAUUUUCCUAUAGUACAUACAACAAGAAAAAGUUUAACGAAUUAAAAAAAAAAAACACCUUGUUUUCUUUCUAUAAUUUCAACAAACAAAAACAAGAACCGUACAAAUUUACGAUACAAUAAACUAAAAAAGAAAUGACAAGAAACUAAAAAUACGAAAAGCAAACCUUUUCUUUGUUUAGUCCUUUAAUUAAUUUAUUAACGAAACAACAAAUUCAAGUGAAAGAGCAUUUUUAAACAUAA